AUGAGAGGAGCCUCGACACGAACUGGCGGAGCAGAGCUGAAUUCCAGUGAUUCUGAUGCUGGCAGUAGCAAGGCCAAGGAAGAGGGGAAGUUUAGAAUGACCCGGAUGGAGCGGGACAGCCCACCGGGGCAACCGGAGGAGCAGCAUGGAAAGCUAGUGGAGGAACGUUCAAAGCCACUUAAGCUGGUGUCUAGGCUGGACAUGGUUCACUACUUGAACGUGACGGGCGGGUGGGAUGAGGAUCUGCGUGAAUGCUGCUUUGAGCGUGCAGUGAGCCAGCGAGCUCUUGCCAUAAACAACCUGGAGGACUUGCGUCGCCACCUGCGCGUGCAGAAGCCUCGUUGCAUCCCCGCAGCAGACCCCAAGCAGCAGCAGGAUCAUGCAAUAUCUCCUUAG